AUGACCGGUUUAAUCCAUUCUAUGGCAAAGAACGGUGGUAGUUCAGCAGCGAAUGUGAACCCUAACUAUGUUGAUGGUGCAAUGCUGGCAAAUAAUUACGAAUUCAUUCUCUACGGAGGAUUGGACCUCUUGACAGAUAGCACCAACCCUCCACCAUCUGAAGUAGUCUUAGGAUAUGAGGCAUAUCAAGACUCAACGAACCCCUCACAAUUAAAACCGGGCUUCAUGCAGAAGAGCACUAACAAUGGAGUAACCCGUUAUGUUACAAAUGGUGCAGGAGUAUCCGCUCCCAGUGAGAAUCUUGGUUUCUACUUCAGCGGCAUGCAGGGGGCAAAUGGUGGCAUAAUCGAAGGUGGUGAUGGAUCUGCCAAUACGACAGCCACCAGUUUGAUCACUGUGAACAUGACUACCGUGGCAACUGAGAAUUGGCAAAAUACCAGCCUGCCUUCUUAUGUUCUCGGCAGAGCAAAUGCUGAAGUGGUAUGGCUUCCGGUUUCCGAAUCUGGUGUCUUAGUUGUGAUCGGGGGGGUCAUCAAUCCUGAAAUACUCACACCUGACCGAAACUUGACAGUUAGUGAAGCACAAGCUAGCAGUGAAACAAGCCCUACAUUUAUGCAGGAGCUUUCAAUUUACGACAUUGCUUCGCAAACUUGGUACCUGCAGAAUACCACCGGUAACAUUCCGCCUCCACUGACCUUGUUUUGCUCAGCUGUAGCACCCGCUUCAGAUAGCAGCUCCUUCAAUAUCUACAUCUAUGGAGGUUAUGAUGGCGUAGACGCCGGAUCUACUCCGUCUGACGAUGUCUAUAUCCUUUCCGUGCCGUCAUUCAUAUGGAUUAAGGCGUAUUCAGGCCAAGGCGCACACGGUCGCAGUGGCCAUAAAUGCUUGAAGGUUUAUCCGGACAAAAUGUUCGUUCUGGGUGGCGUCUUCCAAGAUGAUCCCGCUAUCUGUCUAGACGGGGGCUUCAUUCAAGUCUUUAACCUCAACACGCUCCAGUUUCAGGACACCUACAACCCGGCGAACUGGAGCAAUUACACAGUGCCAUCUAUUGUCACGGGUCAAAUUGGUGGAGAUAUGAACGGCGGUGCCACGAAGACAUCCCCUUCGUCUUGGAAUAAUGGUAGCUUAGGCGACAUUUUUGCGAAACCCUAUACUAAACCAAUUACUACGUAUUAUCCGUACGAAUCAGCCACACAGACGUCGGUGGUGCCAACAACAUCGGCAACGGCAACGGCAACAGGUACAGGCUCUCAAACGUCCGGUACAAUGAGGCCAAGGGUAAAAAUAGCUCUUUCACUGUCUGUUUGUCUUGGAGGUGCUUUUAGUGCCCUGGUGGGUUGGCUGUUUGCACGAAAGCUUGCCCGCCACAAAUUAUUAAAAGCGGUUCGUAAACCAAACAUCAACCAGAACGACGAUAGAACAGACGCAUCCCGGCCAAGCAGCAAUGUCGAGAGUCUCUAUAAAGCAUACUCAACAUCCACAGGAUCUCGAACUAAUGAAGGAUUUAGCAGACCACAGAGCCAGGGGGCGGAACAUCUGAUUACCCCAGUUAAUGAUGGGACCAUUCAUACUCAAGCUGACGGCUAUCCCAUAUUCGAACUAGAUUCACGGGUGGAUAAACGCGUUGAGCUAUCCUCCGAAGAAUGCGUGGUACGGAAAAAUAUGGCCACGAUGGGUCGAAAUCUUCGUGAUCUCAGGAUUUAUCCGCAUGUUAUCCCAGAGACAAGCUCUGAGUCAAUCCAAAAUACGCCAACUGAAUACCAGGGGAAGCUACCCUGUGACAACGUACCGGCUAAAUCGUCUCGACUCGCUUCCGUUUAUUUUCCUCGCGACAGGAGGGAAAGUAGCAGCAGUGGUAGUCCCCUCCCAGAAGACUCGAGAAGUUGGAAUGACAAGACAAUGUCGAAUAUGGAAUGGACAAGGUCUUUUCCUGUACUUAAAAGUCACUUCUCAGCUAACUCUGAAGGUUCAGACAACAGAGAGUGA